GGCUGAGGUACCGGCCGCCGGCAUGCUCCUCCGCCUGCUCCUGCUGCUUGCGUUGUGCGGUGCGGGCUCCGCUGCUAUGGUGGUCAGCGUCAGCUUGCGGGGAAGCUGGAGGAUCCGCAGCGGGAACGGCUCGCUGGAGUUACCCGCGGAGGUUCCCGGUUGCGUGCAUAGCGCCUUGUUCCACCAGAGGCUCAUCCAGGAUCCUUACUACAGAUUUAAUAACCUUAACUACCGAUGGAUCGCCUUGGAUAACUGGACCUAUAUCAAGAAAUUUAAAGUUCCUUUUGACGUGAGCAAAUGGCGUAAAGUAAAGUUGGUUUUGGAAGGCGUCGAUACAGUUACAGCAGUCCUGCUCAAUAAUGUUCCUGUUGGCGAAACAGACAACAUGUUCAGAAGCUAUAGCUUUGAUAUUACACAUGUGGUCCAAGCAGUAAACAUCCUUGAGGUGCAUUUCCAGUCACCAGUGAUAUAUGCGGACCAGAGGAGUAAAGUUCACACUCACUACAGCGUGCCCCCCAACUGCCCUCCACGUGUGCAGGAUGGCGAAUGCCAUGUCAACUUUAUUCGCAAGGCACAGUGUUCCUUUAGCUGGGACUGGGGGCCUUCCUUUCCUACCCAGGGCCUCUGGAAAGAUGUUAGAAUUGAAGCCUAUAAUAUUUGUCAUCUGAACCACUUCACAUUUACCCCCAUAUAUGAUAAUAAUAUCCAGGAGUGGAAUCUUGAAAUAGAGUCUUCUUUUGAUGUUAUCAGUUCAAAGCCAGUUUUGGGUCAAGCGAUUAUAGCCAUCCCUGAAUUAAAAAUACAACAGACAAACAGCGUUGAACUUUAUCAUGGGGAAAGGAUUGUUAAGCUCUUUGUGAAAAUUGACAAGAGUGUUACUGUAGAAACUUGGUGGCCUCAUGGACAUGGAAACCAGACUGGAUACAACAUGACAGUUCUUUUUAAGCUGGAUGGAGGCUUAAGUUUUGAAAAAUCAGCUAAGGUUUAUUUUAGGACAGUGGAACUUAUAGAAGAGUCCAUAAAAGGGUCUCGUGGUCUGAGUUUCUACUUCAAAAUUAAUGGACUUCCCAUAUUUCUGAAAGGCUCGAAUUGGAUCCCCCCAGAUUCAUUCCAGGAUCGAGUAACCUCUGCCUUAUUACGGCUCCUUUUGCAGUCUGUUGUGGAUGCUAACAUGAAUGCUCUCCGGGUUUGGGGAGGAGGAAUUUAUGAGCAGGAUGAAUUCUAUGAACUCUGUGAUGAACUAGGAAUAAUGGUAUGGCAGGAUUUUAUGUUUGCCUGUGCGCUUUACCCAACUGAUCAGGAUUUCAUGGAUUCAGUGAGAGCAGAAGUUGCUUACCAGGUCAGGAGACUGAAAUCUCAUCCCUCCGUCAUCACAUGGAGUGGAAAUAAUGAAAAUGAAGCAGCACUGGUGUUGAAUUGGUAUAAUAUACAGUCCAGCAACCUGUCUACCUACAUCGAUGAUUAUGUGACACUGUAUGUGAAAAACGUCCGAAGGAUUGUCUUGGAAGGAGACCAGACUCGUCCUUUUAUCACAUCCAGUCCUACAAAUGGGGCUAGAUCCACCGCAGAAGGCUGGCUCUCUGAAAACCCAUAUGACCCGAAUUAUGGCGACGUGCAUUUUUAUGACUAUGUUGGCGAUUGCUGGAAUUGGAAAAUUUUCCCCAAAGCUCGAUUUGUAUCUGAAUAUGGAUAUCAGUCCUGGCCUUCCUUCAGUACGUUAGAAAAGGUUUCAUCUAAAGAGGACUGGUCUUACGGAAGCAAAUUUGCACAUCAUAGACAGCAUUUCACAGAUGGUAACUAUAAAAUGCUUCACCAGGCUGAGCUUCACUUCAAACUCCCCCAAAGUGCAGAUCAAUUACGCAAGUUCAAAGACACUAUUUAUCUUACUCAGGUGAUGCAGGCCCAGUGUGUCAAAACAGAAACUGAAUUCUACCGCCGCAGUCGCAGCGAGAUAGUUCAUGGAGAAGGGCACACCAUGGGGGCACUUUAUUGGCAGUUGAAUGACAUCUGGCAGGCUCCUUCCUGGUCUUCUCUAGAGUAUGGAGGAAAGUGGAAAAUGCUUCAUUAUUUUGCUCGGCAUUUCUUUGCUCCGCUGUUGCCGGUGGGUUUUGAGAAUGAAGAUGUGUUUUUCAUCUAUGGUGUGUCAGACCUUCACUCAGACCACAAGAUGAUGCUCACUGUGAGAGUCCACACAUGGAGUUCCCUGGAGCCCGUGUGCUCUGAGACGACGAAGCCUUUUGUGAUGAAAGCAGGGGAGUCUGCUCUUCUCUAUGAUAAGCCAGUAGCUGAAUUAUUAAGAGGAUGUACAAAUUGUACACGACAAAGCUGUGUGGUUUCCUUUUACCUGUCAACUGACAGGGAGCUCUUGAGCCCAACCAACUAUCACUUCCUGUCCUCACCAAAGGAGGCCAAGGGGCUCCACAAGGCAAAUAUCACCGCCACCAUCUCUCAGCAAGGGGACACAUUUGUUUUUCAUCUGAAAACCUCAGCUGUUGCUCCCUUUGUUUGGUUGGAUGUAGGAAGCAUCCCAGGGAGAUUCAGUGACAAUGGUUUUCUCAUGACUGAGGAGACACGGACUGUAUUUUUCUACCCUUGGAAACCCACCAAUGAGAGUGAAUUGGAGCGAUCUUUUCAUGUGACUUCACUGGCCGACAUUUACUGAGGGAAUACAGGUUGUAUUUCCAGGAGCUGAAGGCAACCAGAAACAAGUUGAAGAAGCCAGGAAAUGCGUCUGCUUGCUGUCAGGUGUCUGCAUAACCACUUGGUGAAGAGUUUGUACAGAGCAUUCUCCCAGGGAAGGCUGUGUGCUCAGGUGAUGUCCUCCUCCAACAAAGCUGUGCCUAGGUGCUGUCCAGUCUGCACCAGGACUGUGGUUUUAGCCCAUUCCCCCACAGCUUUUGCACCACAUGAACCAGUUAUAACCCAACUGCCUCUCCAAGCCCCGAAAGGAGGUCUGUCCACAUGCAGCC